CGAGGGGGCGGGGCCCGGCAGGCGGCGAGCAACGGACGGGGCGGAAGGCGCCGCGGGGCCCGCGCUUCUUCCUCCGCUUCCUCCCCUUCCUCCGCCCGCCGCACCAGCCAUGGGCGAGCGGGGCAGCAACGGCGCCCAGCAGCCCAAGAAGCGGGCGGCGGCGGCCGGGGGCGUGUCUCGGCAGCCCCGCGACGGAGCGGGAGAGGCGAGCCCUGCGCAGCGCGGCGCGGGGGACGGCGCGGACCCCUUCUACGACGCCGCCUUCAGGUGCCACAAGGUGCAGGACUCCUUGCUCAGCUCAGCCAGUGGCUUCAGCAACUACCGAGGCAUCUUGAACUGGUGUGUGGUCAUGCUGGUCCUCAGCAACGCCCGGCUCUUCCUGGAGAACCUCAUCAAGUAUGGCAUCCUUGUGGACCCCAUCCAAGUCACCUCCUUGUUUCUGAAGGAUCCCUACAGCUGGCCAGCGCCAUGCCUUGUUAUUGGGGCCAACGGCUUCGCGCUGGUCGCUCUGCACCUGGAGAAGAAGCUGGCGGCGGGCUCCUUAUCAGAGCGCAGCGGGACCGUCCUGCACAUAUUCAACCUGCUGAUGGUCUUGUGCUUCCCGGCCCUGGUGGUGCUGGCGGUCACCACCAUCACGCCAGUUGGGGCUGUUUUUGCCCUCUCCGUCCACACCGUUCUCUUCCUCAAGCUCUUCUCCUUCAGGGAUGUCAACAAGUGGUGCCGCCAGAAGCAGUCAGCAAAAGCCGCCCGAGGGCACACAGCUCCAGGGCCGCAGAAAGCCAAUGGGAACGUGACUCCACAAGAGGUGGCCUAUCCAGACAACCUGACUUACAGAGAUCUCUACUACUUCUUGCUGGCCCCCACGCUGUGCUACGAGCUGAACUUCCCCCGUUCCCCACGGAUCCGCAAGCGCUUCCUUCUGCGGCGGCUUUUUGAGAUGCUCUUCCUCCUGCAGCUGCUGGUGGGGCUGAUCCAGCAGUGGAUGGUGCCCACAAUUCAGAACUCCAUGAAGCCCUUCCGGGACAUGGACUACUCCAGGAUGAUUGAGCGUCUGCUGAAGCUAGCGGUUCCCAAUCACCUGAUCUGGCUGAUCUUCUUCUACUGGUACUUCCACUCCAGCCUGAACUUUCUAGCCGAGAUCUUGCAGUUUGGGGACCGAGAGUUUUACCGGGAUUGGUGGAACGCGGAGUCAGUGACCUACUUCUGGCAGAACUGGAACAUCCCCGUCCACAAAUGGUGCCUGAGGCAUUUCUACAAGCCCCUGAUGAAGAAGGGAGCGGCGAAGUGGACGGGCCACGUGGCUGUGUUCCUCGCGUCUGCUUUUUUCCACGAGUACCUGGUGAGCGUCCCCUUGAAGAUGUUCCGGCUGUGGGCGUUCAUGGGUAUGAUGGCUCAGAUCCCCUUUUCCUGGUUUGUGAGCCGCUUUCUCUGGGGCAACUACGGGAACGCGGCGGUAUGGAUAUCUUUGAUCAUUGGCCAGCCUAUUGCCAUCCUCAUGUACGUCCACGACUACUACGUGCUGAACUACGAAGGAAGCCAGUGACUCUCAUGGCCGGCCGAGGCUCACCUCCGUCCUGCCUCUUCUGUGCUGAGGAUCAGCAGGGGGCCUGGCCGUGGCCAGCCUCCCCCCUCCAGCCUCUCUGCCGCCUCUUGUGGGGGGGGGGGGACCCAGAUCCACUGAAGGAACCAGCCCAGGCCACGACACGGACUCUGCUCAGGAGGAGUUGCCUCGCGGGUGUUAUCUUGUCUCUGACUCGUGUGUGUGUGUGUGUGUGUGUGUGUGUGUGUGUGUGUGUGUGUGUGUGAGAUGGUUGUCUAUCAGGUACUCUUGAAGUCCGAAUAUUGGAUCAAUGCAAUAACCUUCCCGGUGCCCCAGUUUUUAGCUGGUCCUCUGGCAGGAUUGAUCCCGUGAGCCGUUGCCUUCCAUCCACGCAAUAGAAAUUAGGACUGACGCCAACCGUGCCUGGCAGGGCAGAGGCUGCGGCCCUUUCAGAGGGAAGCUGGGCCACUGGAACGGGUGGGCAAAGGGGCUGCCUCCCUGGCACUUUAAAGGACUCAGGUUUAUUGGGGGGUUUCCCCGGUCCCAUCAGCGGAUGAGAGCAGCCCCCCUCCCUUCCUCCCCCCGGGGCAUCUGGCCCUCUUCGGUGUGCCGUCUUCUUUCAUGGGCCAGGGGCUCCAGGGCUCACCUGGCUUCUGUUUUUCCUUGCCCCACAAGAGUUGCCCCAGUUCUCUGCACUCCUGGUCCGUCCCGACACUUCUGGGGCUCAGCUCUGCACGGCUGUCGGCCCCUUCUGGGAGCUGCCCCAGGCCUGUGAGACUCCGUCCGAUAGGCUGGCAGGAGCCGUAGCCGCCGUCUGACACCCAGGGUGGGUUGCUACUGAGCCCGACCGUGUUUUUUGUCAACCCAGCAACUUUUUAAGAGUUUGCAGAAUGUAUCUGCCCCGGUACCAAGUGAUUAAAGCAUAUUUUCAAAAUG